CUACAGUCAAAUGCAUGGCCCAACACCAACAUGGCCCUUUUCAAGGCAUAUAUUUUGAAAAGACGGUCAGCUGAGGGUACCAGUACCAGGGAGCAUCAGCCAUCUCCAGCCUCCAGUGCCAGCGCCUCUUCUCCUGCCCCGUCACCUACCACCAUCCAAACGGGUCCACGGACGCCUGCCUCUGUAAAAGCUCUGCUGGCACGUGGCAAACACUUGCCUCCCUCACAGCUGGCCAAAAAACUUGUGUCACCUGUGAAACCCUCUCCAGCACCGCAAUUGUCUGGCUCCAGCACUGCACAUCGGCGCCCAGAACCCAUUCCCCAACAGUUGCGCUUCCUCUGUGGCCCUUCUGAGGCCGACGAUGAGGAACUUGUGCGUGCCACACAAGAGUGUGAGACACAGCUGCAAACAGCAGCCACCAUGCCUCCUCUAGCAGCCACCAUGCCUCCUCCAACAGCCGUCAUGCCUCCUCCAAGGGCACCCUGAAGAAAGGCGACGUGGUGCUCAACUGCUACAGGUGUGCCCGUGGCUCCACCUCCCUGGAGUCUUUCCAUCUUCACCUGACUAGGUUUAUCCCAGGUGUGCAAGAUGUAGCCGAUUAGGCUGACGAGGGACGCGUGGGUCCACCUGAUGCUCCUUCAAAAUGACCUGGCUCUUUUUUCUACGUAGGAGAGAGCAGCGAGGGAACCAGUGCCAGCGCCUCGCAUUUCCAGGCGUAUCUUCUGGAAGGACUGAUGCGCUGGAACGAGGACAGAAUGAAGGACUCUGUUCAAGCACCCACUUCCAUGCGCACCUACGGCAGUGUUCUGCAGGAGGCCGUGGAUCGGCUCAGCCAAGCCGUUCUGGGAAAACGUUGGGAUGAGCAGUACCGCAGUCCUGGAGUCUACACAGGUGAAUUGUUGGCCAUGGAGUACCUGUACAGCCAGACUGGCAUAUCACUUACUCCAACGCUCCACAACCAAGAGGAGGAGGACCAGCUGGUGGAGGACAUUGAUGACGAGGACAUUGAGGACGAAGGCUUUGAGGAGGAGACAGAGGACAUCACAGUUCCUGUGCUGACUGACGAUGACCAUGACAUUGAAAGGAGGCCCUCAACCACAAGGCGUCGGGCACCUUCACCACCACCUCUACCAGAACUGCCGUCCACGUCUACGGGUGGAGGUCAGCAUCCAGUUGCUGCCGCCGCCGUUCCGUCCACGUCGGGUCAAGGACUGCACCCUGCUGCUACUGCUGCUGCCACCACUUCAGGGGCUCAGGGCGUCGUCGUUGGACCGGAUGGCAUUCCUGGGUGGGACAAAGUGCAAGAGCUGGCUGCUUACCUGGUGGACCUGCGAGAUGCCGCCUACCUCACUGAGCCACAGGUGACCGAGGUCAUCCAGCUGUGGGCGGCACUCCCAGACAGCGACAAGGAGAGGAUCGACUACCAGCCACGUCACCAGGAGCGGCUGUCGUCUGGUCGAUUCAAGGCACCGAAGCGGUCUGGAGUCACACCGGGUGUGGAGAGCGUCAAGCGCAGCUUGAUAGGUCACCCUGGGGGGCCGGCUCAGUGGCCUGGUGGACCAGAAUUCUGGAUGAUUACCAACACAUCCGUGACUUGA